AUGACAACAGAUAUUCCGAUUAAGCUGCAACCUCUUUUUGACUUCUACUCAAAUGCUGUCAAUUCUACAACCCUGGAAAACUACAAGAUAAUAGGGGAUCUACCUAACCGGAAGAGGAUUGUAAUCACUGUAGAUGAUGUAAACCGGAUCUUAGGACUUCCAAGGGACAAUUUUGAGCCAGAUCCCUCUGAGGAUGAAUUGAGACAGACAGAUUUACAGGUAGCUCAGGUACUUUCUAAUCUCACUGAUACCUUUAAUAUUGAUAUUGCAGAUUUUGAUUGUGAUAUUGGAUUUGAUUUCCAGACUCCCAGCAUUGAACCUGUCAACACCCAGGUUCAUAUCCAAGCUGAUGUUUCCACUUCAACUACUGAUUCUUCUUCAAACACUUCAAACAACACUACUUCUACACCAGUUGUUCGAAAGGUAGCCCGGAAACGGAGUGGGAGUGCAAUUCUGAGAGAACCCGCAGCUCUGUCUCAUAAGAAGCAAAGGGUGGCAGAACCGGAGACAACUGCAGCCACAUCCAUUUCCUCCCAAAAGGAUUUGGACACUGACAUGGAUCUACUUGGCAACCUGCAAGUACAUCCGCCUUCACAGGCAUUCGGAGGACAAUUUGUUUCUUCACCUCCUACAGUUCCAUCUCAGGGAACUAUGGUUGUAUAUACAGGUACUGGUGACGGUGUGACAAACACGAGUGAAAUCAGGCAAACACCGAGCGAAACACAUGCACGAGAGGAUAGUGAAAAAUCUUUGAGUGUUCGUGAGGUGAGUGCACACACCAACACAGAUCUGCUACAGGAACAAAUGGCUGCUCUGAGAGCUGAGAUUGCAAGGUUAAAUGCUGAGAAUGCCAGAUUCAAAUGUGGAGAGUUGGUGACUCUAAAAGAAAAGGCUGGUGAUCCUUCUUUCUCUUCCCUCAAACAGGAAUUAGAUGCUCAUGUCAAGGCUUUGGAUGUCAAUGACUGUAAUCUUUUGCUUUUGUAA